AUGGCAGUCGGGAGUGUAGAUCUUCUGUUCAAUGUACUGGUACUUGUUGCCACUACGACCGGAAGCCUUGUUUCUGGCGCAUGCGAAUACACAGAUGACGUGUGUGAGUUCAGCCUCGUUAUCAAAAACGAGCUAACAAUGAUGCAAAAAAGGGACUUAGUGUAUCCAUACAACGGCAAACUCUACCGAUAUAACGAAACGGAUCCCUCCACAGCCAACGAUAUACCAAUGGAGGAAAUCGUCACAGCGGAUGGUUACGAAAACCCACGUGUGGUUACGUUAGCCAAUGGAAGCUUGCCAGGCCCCCCAUUGAUUGUGUACGAGGGCCAAAUGGUUGUCGUGAACGUUAUAAAUAAACUGUCGUCUGAUGGCGUAACAAUACACUGGCAUGGUGUUCCCCAGCGCGAUAGUCCUUGGAUGGAUGGUGUCGCAUAUAUCACACAGUGUCCCAUAAUGCCCGGACAAAGUUUCCGGUAUGAGUUCAAAGCGACACCUAGAGGUACAUAUUGGUAUCAUUCACAUAUUGGAUCUCAGCGAAGUAAUGGUCUUUACGGAGCGUUUGUAAUCCGUCCACGGAUACCGCUGGAAGUUCCAGAACAUAUUCUUACCAUUGCAGAUUGGAAUCAUGACGGAGAUUCGGACUUAACCGAAAUAAAACAGUUCCGUGGAACUUUCGAAAACCGAAUACCUGUUCCAUUCUCAAAAUCAGCUGACGGAUCACUCUUAGCUAAGUUACAGUUCCAUUCUGGACUUAUUAAUGGCCGAGGACGUUUUUACGACCCUCUUACAGAUGUCCACAACGCGGCGCCACUGUCGGUGUUCGGUGUUGAAGCAGGGAAAGUGUACAGGUUCCGGAUAAUCAACGCUGGCAUGGUAUACCCUUUCCAGUUUUCGGUCGACAACCACACCCUCGUUGCUGUAGCAUCGGACGGCUAUGAUUUUGAACCCUUAUCUGUUGACGCCUUAAACGUGUUUCCUGGUGAGCGAUAUGAUGUCUUGUUGCAAACGUCAAAUGUAAUAGACAGUUAUUGGAUUCGCACUAAAACGUUGGAAGUAGAAUUCAACCACAGAACAGAAGCGAUAUUACGAUAUGCUGGCGCCCCUGAUGACGUGGAGCCAACAACUACAGCAAGAAACUGUUCUGACAGUAAUCAUUGUCGUGUUUUAAAUUGUCCAUCAUCAAAAAUGCCACCAAAUCAGUACAUCGAUUGCCUAACAAUGAAUGACAUCAAGUCGACUAAUCCAAGUCCACUGAUGAACAUAACGGAUUCGUUAUCUAAUCAAACUCAGAAAUCAAAUUCUACAGAUGCAACCAAUGACAUUUUCAAAGAAGUUUUUCUCAAUUUUGGUUUCCCAGGAACGUCUUCGAAACCGGGCUCUGUUAACGGGAGAGAGUUUGUAUUCCCGAGCGUUUCCGGUCUGACACAAAUGGAUGAAAUUGAACGGCAGAAGCUGUGUGAGAACGCCGAUUGCGGCCCUGACAAGAUUUGUACUUGUUUUCACUCUCUGACUCUGGACCAAGUCGACAUUGUCCAAAUGGUACUUCUAAAUAUGGGCAAUGGACAAGGCUGGGGUCACCCAAUACACAUGCACGGGCAUUCGUUUGAGGUUUUGAAAACUGGAUAUUCGAUUCUUGACGAAAAUGGACAGAUAUAUGCUCCAAAUCCUGAUAUAAGAUGUCUUGGACAAACAUUUGGUACUGACACUUUCUGUAAUUCUGCAGAAUGGACAAAUUCGUCGUGGAAAAAUGGUAACAUCCCGGGCUUGGAACUUCAACGGCCUCCAAUCAAAGACACUGUCAUUUUGCCCUCUGGUGGUUAUGUUGUAAUACGAAUAAAGGCAGACAACCCUGGUCUGUGGAUAAUGCAUUGUCAUGUUGAACUACAUAGCAUAUAUGGUAUGGCACUUGUGAUCAACGAAUCUCACGCAAAUGUUCCAAAAGCACCAGCUGGUUUCCCAGAAUGCCGGAGUUUCCCGUCAACAGCAAUGACUUCCGGUACACGUCACAAGAGGUCAGCUACAUACAUGGUUCCAGAAAACAGUCGUCUAGGAGGCCAGUCCGAUUCCAUUGCACAUGUUACGGACAGAUGGGUGUUCACGUGGACAGUCACGUUUUUAGGAAGCAUAAUUUUUAUCCAGACGUUCAUCAUAAUGUUCGUGUGCGGGACGAUGAAACUAAAAAAGGCGGGAAAAUGGACAUGAUGUUUCCUCAGUAUAUUUGAUCAUUGUUAUGUUGUUUUCUGUUUCUUUUCUUUCCUUUUUUAAUAUAUAUAAUGCCUGUUUACAUCUUGAGGUUAAAAUAGUGUUGGUUUUAGAUGUGCUAGUAUAUAGUCUCAUGCAUAAUGGUUUUCUUAGUAAACUCGAGGUUAUCGCCCUUUAUUAAUUUCUAUACCCUCCGCCAUGGCCUUUAUGAAAUACGGCUGACUGUCCCAAAUUGAGUUUUUAACCAUAUAACGAUUUUGGGUGUCCAAUCCGCAUUAAUCAGUAAUAAUUAUACUUUAUUCAGAAAAACAAUGAAACAAAAUAUAACCUUAUCAAUUACUUAACCAGGAACCAGAUUAAAUGUUGAAGGAAACAAGGUCUGGAAACCUCAUUCACUCUACCGCUUUCAAAUGUCCGAUCGGGGAAUCGCCUAUAGACCGAAUUUGAAGGCUGGUGCAUAAGCCACAAUGCCACUGGACGAACCGACAUUAUUGGUGUCUAGCUAGCCUCCCUUGUAAAAUAAUAUACUAAUUUAACAUAUAGGUCGAUCGGUAUGAUUUGUAUUCAAUCUAAAUUAUCAGCGACUCAUAUGAAAACCAUUAUCAAAAAGUAAAUCUUAGGUAUAUGUAUGAAUCAUAACAAACUGAAUCCUGGACAGAAAAUCAAUUUUUUAAAAUUGAAAAAAAAAAAAAAAAAUCAACUAUCACCAGAUUUGAACAAAAAUAACCGACUUCCGGUUAAAGAAUAGUUAGUAAGCAAGUAGUGUAUGGCACGCGAUCAGAAAUUCUAAAAAAAAAGAUAUUUUCUUAGAAGGUAGGAUUUUAUAUGCGAUUGUCAUUCUCAGAUGGGUUAAGCCAGAGACAUCUAUAUAUGUUUCUGGUUUAGCUAAUACAUUAUGCAGUUAUUUAGUUUCACUUACUUUGAUGCAGGCCGGGUCAAUUGUUAUAAAAUGGACUCAAAAACAAUUGCAUUUUUAACAGUGCUGCAUAUAAUUCACUACUAAUCAGUAUUUAUAGAUAGAAAUAAUUGUUUAAUUUGUGUAAUGAUUAAUCUUAAAGAGUAUUUAUAUAUUUGUGUUGUCUCACGGUGAAUAUGAAUGAUAAUUACACUGUAUAUAUAAUAUGCAAGAUUUUCCGGAUUAAAAUCCUGAUUAACUUAUGAA